AAACUGGAAACAUGCUCGCACUCAAAGAUCAUGCAGACAACACAUUCUUCAGCCUAUGAAUAUCAAGAUACAAUUGGCCAAAGCUAUGAUUGACAAGGAUGUGAGAAUGGCUAAGUUUAAAAUAUCUGGAGAGUUACCUGUGGUUCAUAUCAAAGUUUCAGACCAAAAAAUGAAGGAAAUGAUAGAGCAUUUCAACAGCAUUCCUUUACCAUUGACCACCUCCACACCCCUUGUGAAAGUUGCCAAAAAGGGUCAGCCAAUUUCAUUAGGUAAACCAAGGCACACUCUGCUUUUUGAAAAUACUGUGUUCCUGGAAUCUGACAAUUCUGUUCCUUCAGAAUCUGGAUCUGAAGAAGAGCUGUCUGUAAAAGCUGAAACUAAAGAGACUGCAGCAAAGACAGUAAAUGAAACAGAAUUGUCUUGUGAAGAAAUUACUGACCUUCUUCUCAGUUUUGAAAUUAAAGAGGUAUUGGUUGAACUCACUAGACAAGAUGUACAAGAGAAUACAUUUCUGAGUUUUAACAUCGUCCAGUUGGGAACCGAAGUGAAAGUUAGAACUUAUGAUCUGACAGUUUCCUCGUAUCUGAAGAAAAUCAGUCUGAAUUAUAAUGAAUCAGGAGGUAAGGUUUUUUUCCUUUUUAAAUUAUAACUGUAUGCCUUAUGUUUUUUCUUCAUUUUAUAAGUGCUGAUUAAAUUUAUAUUGAAGAAAACUACAUUCUUUAAACUGAAUAAGCUUACAGUACAUAUAAAAAAUAUUUAUCCUAUUGUAAGUUUUCACAUUUUAUUUUUAAUACAACAGCGAAUAUC